GUGCAUAUCCGUACUUUCGGUUUGAAGGAAGUUAUUAAACGGGUUUAAAUGUGACUAACUAACAGGAGAAUUAUAACGCAUCACGGUCAAUACAGGUGACUUCGAACUAAUCCUUAAAGGGAAAAAUGGGCCAGGCUGAGAGCAGAAACACAGAUGCUCCUUUGACGGAUGUGAGGUCCUUUGAAAGCAGAUCGGCGGCAUUCUCAGGUGUGAUGCCAGAUGUUCCUUUAACUGUGGUCGAGGAGAUCUUGCUGAACCUGCCUGCUCAUCAUGUGGUUAACGAAUGUCGUCUGGUGUGUCCUGAGUGGAAAGAGCUGGUGGACAGUGCUGCACACUGGAGAGAGCGCUGUAUGAGAGAGGGGAUUCAGCCCUGUGAUGCUUCCAGACCCCCAGUGGACUGGUGCCAGUUUUAUUUUAUAACUAAGAAACGACGUAACCUGAUCAAGAAUCCAGUAGCUGAUGAUGAAUUUCAAGGAUGGGAGAUUGUCGAGAAUGGAGGUGACCGCUGGCAAGUCGAAAACAAUAGAAGACCAUUACCAGACAAUACAAUCACCCAAUGUUUUGUAACAUCUUAUAGGUUGUGUUUGAAGCGACAGCUGAUUGAUUUGCAGAAAGAAGGCUACAGUGCUGCUUUCAUGGAUCAUCUGCAACCUCACAUCAAAAUCUCAGACUGGUAUGGACCACGUAGGGAUUGUGGAUGUGAGUAUCAGAUCUGUGUGGAGUUGCUUGGUCAUAAGAAGAACCGCAUCAGUGUCUUUCAGCCUGAGAAAGUGUUCAUUAAAGCAUGGAAUGAUGAGCCGUGGGGUCACAUGAUUCAUGUCUUCGAGGAUUAUGGACCUGGUGUUCGGUUUAUCCGUUUCACUCACGGAGGGAAGGACACUCAGUUCUGGGCAGGCUGGUAUGGAAUAAGAGUUACUAACAGUAGUGUGGAGAUCUGCCCAGCUGCAGAGAGAGAGUCAUUUCCUGUAUGAUUAUUUUAUACUUCGUUAAGUCAUUCUGAUGAUGGAGCAGUCAUUCUAAUUAUUCUAAUGAUGAUGUUUGUAUACAACACACAACAUUUUAAAUGUAAACGUUAGCAUUUAUAAUAAUUCAGUGAAGUGAAACUUGUAUAAUCAGGGUUUCCACGAGAUCUUAAAAAGUCUAAAAUUUAUAAAUUAAAUUUUAAGCCAUAAAAAGACUUAAAUUUGCUGUUCAAGGUCUUAAAUAUUUUUGCACAGGUCUUAUUUUUCCGAUGUUCAUGUAACUUAAUAUCUAAUGUUGACUUACAUUCUUUUUUGUUGCUGUUGCUUGGUUUUCGUGGGGUUGUAGUUCUUUAUUUCACUAGUCCUAAUGUACUUUGAAGUAUUACAACUACAAAUGAGACCAACGUGAAAUAGCCAAUCAGCUCUCUGUUAUUAAACUCAGUGCUUGUGCU